CUAACGUAAUGCUCCUGCCUGUCAACAGAUAAAGAAAAAAGAUUCUCUCCCAAAUGGAACCUUAUAGAGGAUAUCCCUCUAAAUGAAUGACUUCAAAAAUUCACAAAGCACAAGCCUCUCUAUUAUUUGAUUUUUAAGGAGGAAGAACAGGAGUGACAACCAAAUUCAGCUCCAUUCAAUUCAAGUGCAUAGAAAGAUCUAUUAGUCAGAAGAUGAUGAAAAGAAUUAAACAUUGUCUUAAGUUAUUUACUCAAAACUCACAAGGUCACACAAGGAAAAUCUGCAGAGGUUUCUGUCAGGGAACUCAGCUUACUCCAAAUUCAAUUGAUGAUUUUCCUGUGGUUUCACCAAGAAUCAGGCUUAGAGAUGGGAGGCACCUGGCUUAUGUUGAGAGAGGAGUCCCCAAGGACAUGGCAAAAUACAAGAUCAUCAUUGUGCAUGGAUUUGGAAGCUCUAAAGAGAUGAAUUUUCUGGCUCCCCAAGAAUUAAUAGAUGAACUGGGUAUAUAUCUUCUGCAAUAUGACCGGGCUGGAUAUGGAGAGAGUGAUCCAAACCCCAAGCGCUCACUGAAAAGUGAGGCACUUGAUAUUCAAGAGCUUGCUGAUCAGCUAGAGGUAGGAGCUGAGUUUUAUGUGAUUGGAGUCUCAAUGGGAUCAUAUGCUACUUGGAGUUGUCUCAAGUACUUGCCAGACAGGCUUGCAGGGUUGGCGCUGAUAGCCCCGGUCAUCAAUUACAGGUGGCCUUCCCUUCCUGGGAGUCUGAUAAGAGAGGACUACAGGAGGAAGCUUGUGAAGUGGGCACGGUGGUUUGCAAAUCACUGUCCUACUCUUUUGCAUUGGUGGGUGACUCAAAAAUGGCUCCCUUCAGCUGCUGUCAUAGAAAAAAACCCAGCAUUCUUCAACAAAAGUGAUAUAGAUAUUUUAAAGACAAUUUCAGGGUUCCCAAUGUUUACAAAGGACAGUUUAAAGGAACAAGUUGUUUUUGACACACUUCGCCAUGAUUGGAGGGUAGCUUUUGGAAAAUGGGAAUUUGACCCUAUGAAGCUAAGUAAUCCAUUCCCUCACAAGACAAGUUCCUUUCACAUUUGGCAGGGCUAUGAAGAUAAGGUUGUGCCCUCUGAACUUCAGAGAUUUGUUUCAGGGAAGCUACCAUGGAUAAAUUACCAUGAAGUUCCAGAUGGUGGCCAUUUGAUUGUAUAUUAUAGGGGCUUGUGUGAGGCUGUUUUGAGGUCACUUUUACUUGGACAAGAAAAUAUUGCCUUUAGACCCAGAACACCAUUAUUCAAAGAAGAAUGUUAGCAUGCAGAAAACUCUCUAAUUAAUACUAUACUUUAUCACAUUCUUUAUUAUUUCAUAUAUUUCGCUUGAGAUCUACUAAAUGAUGUGAAUUGAAUUUCACUUCCUACUUAGUAGAACAGACAUGAAUGUACAUAAUCAUGAUACUAAAGAAUGUGAUAUGAAAAUGUGUUAGAGAGUGAAAUGUUUACCUUUCUUUCAUGUAAA